UUGCGACUCUUAACAGCACUGCCAGGGCCAGGCCGGUGGCACCAUCUUCAGUACCAUGGAGCCUCUGGGAGAGAAGCCAGCAGAGGCCGGGGUGCUGAGCAUCACAGCCCAGCUGCUGAAGUCCCACUCCGGAGAGUUUGCCCUGGAUUCCAUCCUGCUACUGAAACUUCGGGGUUUAGGGCUCGUGGACCUGGGUUGUUUGGGGGAGUGCCUGAACCUUGAGUGGCUUGACCUAUCAGGCAACGCGCUCACCCACCUGGGCCCACUGGCAUCCCUGCGCCAGCUGGCCGUGCUCAACGUCUCCAAUAAUCGGCUGACGGGGCUGGAGCCACUGGCAGCCUGCGAAAACCUGCAGAGCCUCAAUGCUGCUGGUAACCUGCUGGCCACUCCUGGCCAGCUGCAGUGUCUGGCUGGGCUGCAGAGCCUGGAGCACCUGAGACUCCGGGACCCUUUGACCCGCCUCAGCAACCCGCUUUGUGCCAGUCCCUCUUACUGGGCUGUGGUCCGAGAGCUGCUGCCUGGCCUCAAAGUCAUAGAUGGGGAACGUGUGAGUGGGCAGGGCAGUGAGCUGUACCAGUUAUGCCGAGACCUGGAUAGUUCCUUGCGCCCCAGCUCCAGCCCAGGCCCCAGAGCCAUGGAGGUGCAGCCGUGGGUGGAGCCUGGCUACUGGGAGUCUUGGCCCUUGCAGAGCAGCUCCAUUCUGGAGGAGGCCUGCAGGCAGUUCCAGGACACACUGCAAGAAUGCCUUGAUCUGGACCGCCAGGCCAGUGACAUCUUGGCCCAGGCCCAGCAGGCUCUCAGCCCUGCAGAAACCACCUCUUCCUUUGUCUUCUGAAGUCGCCACAUAGCCAAGGUAGUCUCAUGGAAGUGCUGUCGCCUACCCCCUUCUCUGCCCCAU